AUGAAUGAAUGUAGAUUUGAUAUGAAAGAAAAAAAUUUACAAACUUCAUCCACGCUAGAAGAUGACCUGAUAUUGUCAAUAAAUCAAUUCAAACAAUAAUAAAUUUGAGUAAAGAGAACAUCUAUUCGAACAGACAUUAAAUCAUAGAAAUAAAUUUAUUGAAUAUUUUAUCCAUAAAAUCAACAACUUUAAGAAACAAAACCAAGUUCAUAUAUUUUGCAUAAAUCACUAAAAUCCGAAACUCAAGCCACUUA